GCUCGUUACAUGACUUCCGGGAAAAUGUCCGUGAGUUUUGUUUCAUUAUUUGGGGCAAACGAAGUGUUGAAGCGCAGAUUUUAGUCUUUAGGGCUGAAAAGGAAAGAUGAGCAGCCGUAAAGUGCUGAAUGUGGUUACAAGAGAUGAAGUGACACCGCGUAGAGAAGACCUGCAGUUCUUGGUGGGUAAGGAUGUGGUUCCUGUUGAACAGCAGGACUGGAACUUCAGUGUGGACCAGGAGGAGCCAGGUGGCCUGCACAUUAAAGAGGAACAUGAGGAGUUCCCUUUGACUGGCGUUCCUGUAAAGAAUGGUGGCAGUGAAGAGAAACCACAGUCAUCCCAUCUUCAUCACACCGAGGAAAACAGAGAGGUGGAUCCUCGAACCAGCAGCUCAAUUGAACACAUGAAAAUAGAAGAGGAAGGCCCAGAGGCAGACAAAUGCUUAAGGCAGGAUAUCGAUGACGAGGGUUCUCGUGAAGACCCGCAGCAGUUCUCUGUGGGUAAAGACGUGGUUCCUGUUGAGCAGCAGGACUGGAACUUCAUUGUGGACCAGGAGGACCCAGAUGCCCUGCACAUUAAAGAGGAACAUGACGAGUUCUCUUUGACUGGUGUCCCUGGAAAGAAUGUUGGCGAUAAAGAGAAACCACAGUCCUCCCAUCUUCGACACACUGAGGAGAACAGAGAGGAUGACCCUCGAACCAGCGGCUCAACUGAAUACUUGAAAAUGGAAGAGGACGACCCAGAAGAAGACACUUGUUUAAGGCAGGAUACUGAUGACGAGGGUUCUCGUGAAGACCUGCAGCAGUUCUCGGUGGGUAAAGACGUGGUUCCUGUUGAGCAGCAGGACUGGAACUUCAGUGUGGACCAGGAGGAGCCAGAUGGCCUGCACAUUAAAGAGGAACAUGAGGAGUUCUCUUUGACUGGUGUCCCUGUAAAGAAUGGGGGCGAUAAAGAGAAACCACAGUCCUCCCAUCUUCAUCACCGUGAGGAGAACAGAGAGGCUGAACUUCGAAUCAGCAGCUCAGUUGAACACAUGAGAACGGAUGUGGAAGGCCGAGAAUCAGACACUUGUUUAAGGCAGGAUACCAAUGACGAAUGUUCUCGUGAAGGUGAGAGUGAUGACAGUAACAGCAGUGAUUUCUGGAAGGAGACCAGGGAACGUCAGUCUGGUUUAAAAACCAUGAAACGCAAUCAGGGCUUUGACACGGACUCUGAGGCUGAAGACAAACCGUUCCCCUGCUCUGACUGUGGGUCCAGUUUUCACAGUAUUCGUAGUCUGAACCGCCAUAAGGCGGUCCACGGCAGAGAGCCCUGUAGCUGUCCAGUUUGUGGUAAAAGUUUUGUUUAUCGAGGAUCUUUGACCCAGCACAUGUUAGGUCACACAGACCUGAAAUCUAUCUGCUGUGGCAAAUGUAACCAAAGAUUCACUUCACUCCAACUCAGUCAUCAUCAGUGUGCAGGACUACAAGUGCACGGUGACAACGAUUCAGCUCGACUUUCCCAUCGGGCCAGGAUGUUGGUCCGUGGCGGUGACGUCACCAACUUUCUGCGUUACAGCUGCUCACACUGUGGCAAACACUUUGAGCGCAAACACACUAUGAUUGUACACCAGAGAGUUCACACUAGAGGCAAACCAUUUAGAUGCUCCUUCUGUCCGAGAAGAUUUGGGCGUCUGGUGAAUAUGAAGCAGCACAUGAGGAUCCACCAAAGAAAGAAACCGUUCGCAGGUCAAACACCAUCACUGCCCAACCGUGUCUUCACUGCUCCCAUCGAACCACACACAGACAACCAGCAGGAUUCUCACCUGUUCUUAGUUUCAGAAUGUAUGACAAAAUAAGGCUUCAGAUUCAUAUUUUUGCAUUUGGUAGGUGCUUUAAUGAAGUGGUUAGGGUGGUACUGAAGAUUGUCAAUCUAUGCCUUUGUAGUUACAACUAAAUACACGUGGGUACAGACUGGCGAUCAGUCAGCCUCUGCAAGGACACAGCCUUUCCACAGUUUGAAAACAGUGCCAGAAGAAAUGACUUAAAUCACAGAAUGAAACAAAUUAUUUGACAUGUAAAGUCGGCACUUCGGCCCCGUAGACAUAUUCUUGGUUUGAUUUUUUUCCAUGUGUCUGUCUUUUUCCUAAUUACUAAACAUGUCUGAACAAGUUUGGAGGAUACAGAGUGACAGAGUUAAAUCACAACGGUUUGACA